AUGCAUCUAGCCAAAAAGGAAUAUGGAACAGGCCUCCAUAUUUGGGAUCUGCCUAUCAGCUGGGCUACGCCGAAUCGUUUGCUAACUUGGUCAUCUGAGUGGUGUUACGUCCUUGCAUCAUCAAGCAUCAAGAUCAGCAUCCUACUGUUCUACAAACGUCUUUCUCAGCCAUUUCCUGUAGCCUUCCGGGUAGCGACCUGGAUCGGAAUCCUCUACAACAUAGGCUAUGCAUUGGGAUUCGGCCUGACACUGGGUCUUAUUUGCAGGCCUGUCGACGCUUACUGGAACCAAUUCUCACCACAGUGGCAGAAGGCUGGAAACACGUUUCACUGUGGAAAAGAGGAGAUCAGUUUGCCAAUAUCCGGUGUCCUUAGCGUCAUAGGAGAUUUCUAUAGCACGGUGCUCCCCUUGGCACUUGUAUGGCACUUGAAAUUACCACGAGGAAAAAAGCUGGCACUUUAUACACUAUUUGCGUUGGGCUUCCUGGUCGUGGUGGCCGGUGUUAUCCGAACUAUUCUUUUAAACGUUGUUAUCAACAGGACUUGGGAUCCCUUGUGGGAAUUGGACACGAUGUGGAUUUGGACCAUCGUCGAACUGAAUCUGGCCAUCGUGGCGGCGUCUGCUCCUGCUUUGAAGUCCUUCUUCCAGCACUGUCUGAUACGGCCCACAGCGAGCCUAUACAAGCGCACAAGGACACCUAGCGGCACUACAUCCGGCGAGCGUGAUGUGUAUCGAAUGGAAAGCGGGGACCUUUGUGAAUGUGGUGAGAAAGAGGAUAAAGCAGUGAAGAUCGAGGAUAUCGGACGGGCUGUUUGA